AUGGCUCUCCUACCUCAGCAGAGCAUCCGAGUGUCUAUCCCAGAACCCCUCCCACCAAUAAUUACCCCUAGACUGUAUCUUCGGCCCCUGGCCGACUCUGAUGCAGAGGGCUUAUUCGCUAUCCGGUCAAGACCUGAAGUUGCCAGAACAAACGACCCCAAAAUCCCUCAUCGAACGGUCCAAGAAACGAGGGAAUGGAUGGCCACGAAGAUCUUUACUGCUGGGCCUGAGAGUGUCCUCGGUCGUCACUUUACGUACGUUCUCAUUGAACGCGGACUAUCAGAAAAUGAGACUCAGCCACCUGCCGACAAACAGGUCAUUGGCUACAUGAGUAUCAAUCAAGUAUAUCCCAGCCCUGAGAUUGGGUAUUCGAUCCAUCCUGAUUACUGGGGCAAGGGGUAUGCGACGGAAGCUUUGGAUGGACUACUGAAGAAAUGGUGGAACUUACCUCGUCAGCCUCAGUUGAACUCUGCAGAAGACGGGAGUGAACCGACUGAAAAAGUCUUUGCCAUCUGCGAGAAGAGUAACGCGGGCUCGAGCAAGGUAUUGAGCAAAUGUGGAUUCAGGGUGAUUAAGCAGGAGGUGUAUGACGAGGAUGAAUUGUUGCUGUGGGAGUUAGAAAGGUCGGUACUUAAGCACACGUGUCCGUGA